AUAUAUUUUUUUAUUUUACUUAUUUUGUCGACGUUACGACUUACAAGAAAAACACUCUAACAUAAAACGUAAUACAAGCUUUUAGAAUUCAUAUUUUUCUUAUAAGUUAUAUUAUGCGAAUUGUUUCAACUUAUUGUCCAGAACUAUGAAGCUUGUUUGCAUUAUGAUAACGCUUGCCUUUGUGAACGUUUCGCCGAUACUGACAGCGGACUAUGCAAAUUCGGUUUACACUACAAACAAAUACAUCAAAGAGGCUUUUGAUAAUGAUCCUGCUGGACUGGAAACUGCAAUUUCAAAUAUUAUGAAAGGAGAUAAACCAUUUGAUAUCCUUAAUUUGAUGUUGGCUAUACCGGACAAAGCAAAUUACUGGUUUUCAAUUGAACAUGACGAUGCAUUUAUUAGCACCUUACCAGAACAACUUGCCAUAGUUGAUCAGGUGGCAGUGCAAGAAGCUAUAUACCAAGUUACAAAAAUCCAUGUGCCUCAACUUGGGCCGAACGAAAAUUUUGAGAAUGAUUCAUUAGUACAGCUUGGAGAAGAGAGAAGACGUAUAACAGGAAAAGUUACAAAAAAAUUACUUAUCGCUGCAAUAGAUGCUGGAGCACCAAGAUUUCCCAACCUUAACGAAAUUUGCAAUCUAAUAGGUUUGCUCCAAAGUAUGCGAUUCCCAGAUUCAUAUAUAAAAUCCGUUUUUGUUGAUCCCGCUGGUAUUUUUUGUAUGUUUACCUCGCUAAAUGGCAGAAUCCAACAUCUUGAUAUUGGCUUAAUUGAUGAAGUAAACCCAAUAGAUCCUUAUCGUGUUGAAUUUAUGGUUUUUUUGAGAGAGAUACAGAAUUGGUUCCUGUAAAACAGACCAUCAAUGGUAGCCAGUUUCUUCAAAAAUUAUAUUGCACCUACUAUUGUUAUUUUACUUUAAUAAUAUUUAUGUGUCGCACUUGUAUCUAAAUUGUCAUUUAAUUUAAUGUGUUACAUAAUAAACAGUUAUUUCUUUAAUACACUUAA